AUGGCGACGCCUAUUGAAGAGAUGGACCGGCUGCGGCUACAGGAGAAGGAAGAGGAUAGGUGGAAUGCUCGGGCGGAACAAGGUUCGGGACGGGCAAAGGAGAGCUAUCAAUAUACCAGUGAAGAGGCACAGGAAGGGGACGAUAGAGAAGCAGCUCUACGAGCAGAGCUGAAGUCGGUACGAGAUAUCAAUGUCGUGAUAGAAGGCGUUGUUGAAAGCCUGGAACGCGCAAAGGGUAACAUGGAGAGCGUUGCCCGGACGGUUUCUUCCGCCUCUACCCUACUUGAUACGUGGACUCGCAUCCUUUCCCAGACAGAGCAUAACAGAAGGCUUGUCUUAGACCCGUCGUGGCAGGGUGCUACUCAAGACAUGGCCGAUAUAGAGACCGAGGCCCGUGAGCGACAACAGGAGGCAGAACGAAGAGAACUAGAGUUGCAAGAGCGUAAACUAGCACAGGAACGCAAAGCUGAGGAAGAGCAGCGGAAGAGGGCUGCACAGGCAUCAUCAACCACCAGGGCGAGACGCGGCAUUGUGAGGCCGUCGACGACACGGACAGGAGUGAGUCGCACUCAAAGUAUAUCUAGAACACAACCGGGGCAGCCAUCUACACGAGUACCGACGACUACUUCCAGGGGAAUACCCACUGCCAGAAGAGCUGGUGUUGAGUCUGGUAGAAGCUCAGGGAUAGCAGGAGGCCGGGGGAAGGAACGAGCUACCAUUAUACCAUGA